CAAGCAUCAGCGCGUGCGUGCAGGACGCUGCAGACUCGUGACACAAGGAGAGGGAAAAACAAGACAAUAUAUCGGUUUAAAAAAAACGUUUACUCGGGGAAAUGUCCCCAGCGUGACAUUUCAUACCGCUGAUGGCGCGAAGUGCGACUGGUUUUGGGGUUGAAUUUGUGAAUAAACAUGACGCACUACGUUAAACAACAAUGUUUUGAUUCUGGGCCGUGACGUCAUCUGCCAGUACACGAAAAUGGUUCCCCUUAGUUUUGAUUCGGAAAGCAAACUGCUGGCAACUUUAAAUGUGGCAUUUUGACCAAGUGAAGGUCUGAACGCAACGGGCCGAGACAUGGAAGCGUGCGCAGACAGAGGACGCAAACUGCGCUCCAUCUGCCGGAGAAUGUAUGACGAGAAUGAGGAUUUCUCCGAUGUGGAGGAAAUUGCGAAUGUCAGAGGUUUCAGCUUGGAAGAAAAACUUGAGAGCAAGUCGUACAAUUCCAACUUUGUACAACGCAUGGAUGGAAAAGAUUUUACCUAUGAAUAUGUUCAACGAGAAGCACUCAGAACACCCUUAAUUUUUGAAGUCAAAGAUGGACUAGGCAUCAGAAUGCCUGAUCCAGACUUUACUGUCAGUGAAAUUAAAGCUUUGGUCGGCAGUCGGCGUGCUCUGGAUGUGAUGGACGUGAGCACUCAGAAGGGGACCGAGAUGAGCAUGGCUCAGUUUGUGCGCUACUAUGAGAUGCCAGAGGAGGAGCGAGACAAACUCUUCAACGUCAUUAGCCUGGAGUUCAGCCACACCAAGCUGGAGAACCUUAUCAAACGACCCACAGUGGUUGAUCUCGUGGACUGGGUAGAUAGCAUGUGGCCUCCUCACCUGAAGAAACAGCAGAUGGAGUCUACGAACAUCAUCACUGAGAUGAAAUACCCCAAAGUCCAGAAGUACUGCUUAAUGAGUGUGAAGGGCUGUUUCACCGACUUCCACAUCGACUUCGGAGGGACGUCAGUGUGGUACCACGUCUUCAAAGGAGGCAAGAUCUUCUGGCUGGUACCCCCCACCCCUCAUAACCUGGCCGUGUAUGAGGACUGGGUGCUGUCGGGCAAACAGAGUGACUUCUUCUUAGGCGACCGUGCCGACGGCUGCCAGAGGGUGGAGCUAAAGCAGGGCUACACCUUUUUUAUCCCCUCAGGCUGGAUCCACGCUGUCUACACCCCUGAGGACACAUUGGUAUUUGGUGGGAACAUUCUCCACAGCUUUAACAUUCCUAUGCAGCUCAGCAUCCAUGAGAUUGAGAAUAGGACCAAGGUCCGCUCCAAGUUCCGCUAUCCAUUCUUCUAUGAGAUGUGCUGGUAUGUUCUAGAGCGCUACGUCCACUGCCUCACUCGACGCACCCACCUCAGCCCGCACUUCCGCCUAGACACUACAGUAGCGGCUACGCUAACAGAGACGGAGUCCAAGCAGAGCACAGAGAGCCCUGCCACUGACCCCAGGCUGGACGUCCUGGAUGAGGACUCGGGUGAUACCCAGGGCAGGAGCGCCUGUCUAGCCAGUGACAACCCCUGCUCCCCACAGGACGCCCAGAUGCCCACCUCUGCAAUGCCCCUCAGCAAUGCCACCACACCCCCCCAGAAGCAAGCCCCUGCCAAUGACUCCGAUGAUGGUUCCACCCACCCAUCAGAGAUCCCCAGAACCCCCUGUGGAUCUCCAAGGUCAGAGGUCGGCUCCCGGUGGACCCACCUGACGGAGUUUGAGCUGCAGGGCCUGCAGGCGCUGGUGGAGAAGCUGGAGGCACUACCCGACAACAAGCGUUGCGUGCCGGACUGCAUCAAGGACCCACACACCCUGCUCGAGCACAUUAAGGUUGUGUUGAAGGAGCAUGCAACAGAUGACCCCAAGAUGGCCAUCUCUGGUGUUCCAGUUGUGAGCUGGCCAAAGACUACAGUUAAGCGCCCAGCCAACCGCUCCAAACCCAAGACGGCCUCUCCCUCGGGUGUGGGCGUGGUCAAGCUGUCAGGAGGGCGUGGCUCGUCCGGGUCACGGCGGCGACGGACGCGAUGCAGGAAGUGUGAGGCGUGUGUGAGGACAGAGUGUGGAGAGUGUCACUUCUGCAAGGACAUGAAGAAGUUUGGGGGGCCGGGACGCAUGAAGCAGUCCUGCAUCAUGAGACAGUGCAUCGCGCCGGUUCUCCCUCACACUGCGGUGUGUGGUGUGUGUGGGGAGGCGGGGAAGGAGGACUCGGCGGAGCAGGUGGAGGAGAAGUUCAACCUCACACUCAUGGAGUGCUCCAUCUGCAACGAGAUCGUACACCCGCUCUGUCUCAAGGUGAAGGAUGCGAGUGGCGUUGUCAACGAUGAGCUGCCCAACUGCUGGGAGUGUCCUAAAUGUAACCAUGCCGGCAAGUCAGGGAAAGCCCUCAAGCAAAAAAGAGGGCCGGGCUUUAAGUAUGCCUCCAACCUGCCGGGGUCUCUCCUGAAGGAGCCACGCAAGGAGACGGGCCGAGACAUCAAGGAGGAGCCCAGCCCCACCUUCGCCAUGGAAACCGCUUCGCCCACCGUGCCCUCGGUGGACAGGAGGAAGGUGGACCGAGAGGACGCCUCCAGAGCGAGAGGGGAGGAGCCUCAAAGGAAGCGUGCCACGCCCCCGCAGCCUGAGCCCCACCCCCGGCCCAAACUCGAGGAGAACCCGCUGAGGAAGAAGAGGAAACUGUUCGACACGGACGCCGAGCCUAGCGCCAGGAAAAAGAAAAAGGCCAUAAAAUCAGAGAACCCGCCGUCCAGCAAGCUCUUAUCCUCCAUCAAAGUAGAGAAGGAGGAAGGGGAGGACGAGUAUGGGCGGUCCAAGGAACGUGACGGCCAGCGAGGCAGGUCAGAGGAAGAGGAGGAUGGAGAUGAUGAGAGGGAGGAGGAGGAGGAGGAGGAGGAAGAUGAGAAGAGCUCAGAGAGGAGGAAGGUCCCUCAAAGCCUUCAUCCCAGAGCUAAGCAGGAGAUUGUCCAAUCACAGCUCAGCUCUCCGCAGGCAGGGCCUAGCAGCAGCGAAUCAGCAGACAAGAUCCAGCCGAGGUCCAAUCCGAGGCCUCGGCAGCAGAAGACAGCCAAGCGGGAGCUGAAGCAGGAAGAGCCGCUGAAAGAGGAGCCUUUGAACGGCCAGAACGGCCGCCGGCCAAUCAAAUCAGAGCCCCUGGAGAGUGAGGAAGAAGAGGCAGACGAGGAAGAUGAGCAUGUGGGGAGGGGGAAGGUGAAUGGAGAGAGUAAGCACCUGAGUAACGGCCACCGGCGCAGCGGGAGCGACCUGGCCGACUGGCUGAGCACGGAGCACGAGCGCGACAGCGGCGGCGUCGCCCCCCGGAGGCCGCCCCUGUCACCGCUGGGCUGGAGACGCAGCCCCCCCUCGGCCCCACGACCCCACAUCUCCCACUCGCCCCCCUCCACUUCGCCCCAGGAGCGCCACGUCAUCCGACCCCCUCCAAUCAGCCCCCCGCCCGACUCCCUGCUGCUGGCCAACGGCCGCCAGCACGUGAUGCGCCGGGAGGUGUGGAUGGCCGUGUUCACACACCUCACACAUCAGGACCUGUGUGUGUGUAUGCGUGUCUGCAAGACCUGGAACCGAUGGGGUUGUGAUAAGCGCCUGUGGACACGGAUCGAUCUGAACCGCUGCAAGUCCAUCACCCCACUGAUGCUGAGCGGGAUUAUCCGCAGGCAGCCCGUCUCUCUGAACCUCAGCUGGACCAACAUCUCCAAGAAGCAGCUCAGCUGGCUCAUCAACAGGCUGCCUGGCCUGCGUGCACUGCAGUUAGCGGGCUGUUCGUGGGCUGCUGCAUCGGCCCUUUGCACGGCCAGCUGUCCUCUUCUGCACUCACUCCACCUGCAAUGGGUCGAGGGCCUCAAGGAUGCCCAGAUGGAGGACCUGCUGUCCCCCCCCACCGACACCAGACCAGGUCAGCUGGAGAGCCGCAGUAAGCUGCGUAACGUUGUGGACCUGCGUCUGGCUGGUCUGGACAUCACGGACUCGUCUCUGCGCCUGCUCACCCUCCACUUGCCGCUGCUCUCUCGCCUCGACCUCAGCUACUGCAACCACAUCAAUGACCAGUCCAUCAACAUGCUGACCGCCGUGGGCACCAGCACACGGGACUCGCUCACCGAGAUCAAUCUGUCAGUGUGUAACCAGGUCACAGACCAAUCCCUGGCCUACUUCAAGCGUUGCGGGAGCAUCUGCCACAUAGACCUGCGCUACUGCAAGCAGGUGACCAAGGAGGGCUGUGAGCAGUUCAUCGCCGAGAUGUCUGUGAGCGUGCAGUUUAGCCUUCAGGAGGAGAAAUUACUGCGCAAGCUCACCUAGGCAAGGCUGGCCGGCGACGUCACCUAGGCAGCACUGACCAUCAAGAUCACCUAACCAGCGAGCUCACCCCGAACUCAUCUUGGAAACGCUGAGCAGUGAACUCACCUAGGCAAUGUCGUCCAGUGAGCUCAGCUAGGGAAUGCUGACCAGCGAAGUAACCUGGGAAACACUUAUGCCCCCGGAGCCUCUGGACUCACACUGCAGGUCUCACACACCACUGAGGCCUUACACACUCUAUAAGCACUGCAGGGGUGACACACACACUGGAGUGACUCUCUCUCUCUCUCACACACACACACACACACACACACACAUGAAUGCUCCGUCUUCACUUCUACUGUUAACGCUUACACACCUCAGAGGACCGAGAGGGUUGGCCAGUGGGAUUACAGAAAGGCUAUUGACGAUUGACGAUCCUUUACACAUUGUAGAAAUGUACACACACCUUUGUGUACAUACCUGUACAUAUACACCUGCGCACACACUGCGUAUACACACAUACACACACACCUGUUCAUGCCAUUUUGCUGCUCAUGCCAAAUAUUUUUUUUUUUUUAAAGCACAUAUUCUUUUAAGUUUUUUUUGACUGCAUGUCCUCAGUUGUUUGUGUGAAGUUCUAAUGUUGAGCAGUCAUGCAUUGCUCGGGAUGGGUCAGGGACGCUUUGGGUCCAUAUUUUUAUGUUUGUUACUUCUCGAGAGAAUUUUUAAUUUGAACAAUGCAAACCUCAAGUUUUAUGUAGGUUUAUUUUUGUACAAGAGGUUAUUUUAUUGGUAUGUAAUGUAAAUGGCACUCUGUCCCCAGUGGUUAUAGUCCAUCAGUGUCCUAGUUGUCCUCGUUGAUUUGAGCAUCACUGCAGAUACACUGUCUUAUAUAGGAAGCCCAUAAUAUUAUUUAAAUUAUGCAGCGUUGGCUCCUUCAACAUGGGAGUGGGAUGAGAGAGGGUACUGCGUUUAUAUCUGAAAACAGAAAAGAAACAAUUUGCACUGUUUGACAUAAAUAAAUAGUUAUUUUUCUUAA